UUCUCUCUCCGGUCCCCUUGAGAGAGAGAGCUGUGGAAAAGUGCGGGAAGAAGAACUGAGAGCUCGCAAUUUGUGUUGGAAGAAGGCGAAUUACUGAAGGUUGCUGAAUCAGAAUGGACGAAGAACAAAUAGCGAAUUUUGUGUCAGCGUACUUGAAGAAGAAGGGUUUCAAGGAGACAGAACAAGCUUUCCUCGAGGAGCUGCGUCACAACAAGACCAAUUCCUCCUCUUCAUCCUCUUCCAUUGACCUCGACUUCGCCAAUCACUUACUCUCCUUCACAGACAUGAGUUGCUUCGUGUGCUAUAUCCAGUGUUUAUCCAUUGUUUCAUGGAUCUUGUGGCUAAAGGACACAUUCAAGAAGCUCGAACCUUUUUCAAUAGAUUCCGGGAAGAUCAUGAAAUGAUGCAUCUGCGAGAUCUACAAAAGUUGGAAGGCGUACUUUCUCCCUCUCAUUUGGAGGAGAUGGAAUUCGCUCAUUCUCUUAGGCAGAGCAAAGUCACCAUAAAAAUUUGCCAGUACUCCUAUGAGAUGCUACUUCAAUAUCUUCAUAAGACCCAAACCACAGUGAUACUUGGGAUUAUCAAUGAACGCAUCAAUUUCCAAGUUUUCCCUGGUCAGCCUAGCUCAAUAUCGGAUGAUGCUGAAAUUGUGACACUCACUGGAGGCACCCAGGACACUGCCAAUCAGAUAAAUCAAAAAGAAGUCCAAUGGGGGUUACUUGAAGAUUCUUUGGAAGAACGCUUGGAGAAAGCUGCUGGUUUGCUUUCAGAUUCUGAAAAGGCUGAGGGGGAAACCAAGGAUGGCGAUAUAGAUGAGAAUAAGAAAAGAACAACCGAGGGAGGAAAGCAAGGCGCUUCAGUUAAAAAGGUCAAGAAGGACAAGACUUCCAGUGCAACUGGGAAAACUCCAAGGGCUGAAGCUAAUCCUGCAUCUAUGACACCACGAGUGAAGCCAGAGCUUGCUUUACCCACAAUUUCAACAGAGGUGGAACAAUCUAUUCUAGAAGAUUUGAGAAACCGUGUGCAGUUGAGUUCUGUUGCUCUGCCAUCAGUCAGCUUUUAUACCUUCAUUAAUACACACAAUAGUUUAAACUGUUCAUCAAUAUCGCAUGAUGGAGCUUUAGUUGCUGGUGGAUUUUCAGACUCUUCUUUGAAGGUCUGGGACAUGGCAAAGCUAGGACAACAAGCUGGCAGUACUGUUUUGCAGGAUGAAAAUGACAUGUCUACUAGUGAUCAAAUGACAGGCAAUACAAGUGGGAAGAGAUCUUAUACAUUAUUUCAAGGUCAUUCUGGGCCUGUUCACUCUGCCACUUUCAGUCCUGCUGGGGAUUUUGUUCUUUCCUCCUCUGCAGACACGACUAUUCGAUUAUGGAGCACAAAACUAAAUGCCAAUCUUGUUUGCUACAAAGGUCACAAUUACCCUGUAUGGGAUGUUCAGUUUAGUCCGGUUGGACAUUAUUUUGCUAGUUGCUCACAUGAUAGAACUGCGAGGAUCUGGUCCAUGGACAGAAUUCAACCUUUAAGGAUCAUGGCAGGGCAUCUAUCUGAUGUGGAUUGCGUUCAAUGGCAUGCCAACUGCAACUACAUCGCAACAGGCUCAAGUGACAAAACAGUUAGAUUGUGGGAUGUCCAGAGUGGGGAAUGUGUCCGAAUUUUCAUUGGUCACAGGAGUAUGAUUCUGUCGUUGGCAAUGUCACCUGAUGGUCGGUUCAUGGCAUCUGGUGAUGAAGAUGGUACGAUUAUGAUGUGGGACCUGUCCACUGGGCGCUGUGUUACACCAUUGAUUGGACACACAUCAUGCGUUUGGACCCUUGCUUUCAGUUGCGAGGGCUCCCUCCUUGCCUCGGGCUCUGCGGAUUGCACGGUAAAAUUAUGGGACGUAACUUCAAGCACAAAGGCACCAAGAACGGAUGAAAACAAAAGUGGUACUGCCAAUAGACUUAGAUCCCUGAAAACUCUACCGACCAAGUCGACUCCGGUCUACAGUUUACGGUUCUCUCGGAGGAAUCUUUUAUUUGCAGCAGGGGCUCUCUCCAAAAGCGCAUCAACUGCUUGACCCUAUCCAAUCUUUUGUAGUCUUCUUUAAUUACAGUGUCCUGAUAAAAUACUCUUUAUAAUAUUAAUUUUUAUUGGCUAUUUAAUGGUCUGUAUUAUUUCCAGCCUAACUUUUUUGUGCAAAAGGAAAUCUUGAUGUUUAUCUUAUCCAUGCAGAAUCAUUCUGCUCAUUUGAAA